CUCAGCGUGCGAUAUGGCGUAGUAUCCAAGUGUUCACGUACGAAACGCACGUGCGGUCUAAGUAGCGGGCAAGCUAGCGGCUGGCGCGCGCGCGCCGCUCGCGGCAAUAUCAAAUGCGUGAGAUGUUUGUGUGUGUUCACGUCGAACUAGCGGCGGAGCGCGCGAUUCACUCGCGACGUCAGGUAAGUUCAACCAGUAUGAACUUGUCGCUUGAAACGUUAGCGCGUCUUCAUCAUGUCUUUCAAUACAGAAGAGUUUAUUAGUGCUGUUCAGCCUAGAACUCCGAUUUGGCAAAGCAAACACAGCCAUCACAUGAACAGAAAUAUUCUCAAUAAGUUAUGGAAGGAAAUUGCGGAAUUGUUUCCUGAUAUGGAGGGUGACUUCACAAGCAUCAACACUAAACAAAAUUUAUUUUUUACAGAAAAGGCUUUAGGAAAAAAAUGGAAGAAUAUUCGGGACCAAUUUAUGAAAGAAUUUAAAAAAAAUCCGGUUUCUCGUUCUGGUGAUGCUGGAACUGAUCAAAACACUUCAGUGUGGCCAUAUUUUCAAAUGAUGCAGUUUAUAAAAGAUGACGUUACCCCAGAAUCAAAUGAAGGCAAUUUAGAUGAAACUACUGAUAGAAACUGUAGUGAUAAUAAUGAGCGGUCCCCAACUCCCCAGUCAAUAGCUGGUUCAUCUACAAGUACACAAUAUACGAGCAGCAAACGUAAAUGUGCACAAGAUAUAAGAGAGGAAUUUAUGGAAUUGGAGAAGAAAAAGUUGGAAUUAUUACAAAUUAAACUGUCGCAAAGCAGCGAAAGGCAAGAAAAAGAUUGCGAAGACUUGUUAUUUUUUAAAAGUUUGUUGCCGUACAUGAAAGAGUUAACUCCUAUACAAAAAUUACGUACCUACUAGAAACAAAAUUACACAAGUGUCACGACCCUGGCUUACCAUGGUUACAAUACUUACGAAUAUAACACAUCAAAUUAUGGAAAUUAAACUUUAAAUAUAAUUAACUACGAAUAUUCUUUUUUUUAAACUCACCUUAUAGUUAAAAAUAGUCUUUCUUCGGGUUUUAUGCUUUUAUGAAAAUUUGUGUCUUGUUUUGAAAUCUCAUUAUUGAAUCCAAUAUGUAAUCAAAACAGUUGACAGUCAUACUGGUAUAUCCAAAAAAUCUUGAAGGAUGUUCUCUUAAAUUAUUAUAUAAAGUAUGAAAUUCACCGUACCGUUCUCUUUCUUUAUUAAUUUCGUGCACACCAAUUCUAAUUUUUAUCAUCUCCCACUUUAGGUAUGAAUUUUCGGUUAAAAAUAAAAGAUCGUCGUCCAUGUUUAUUAUCUCUGACAACACGUCACACCCGCGCAAACGCCUGGCGGCCAAUGUGAACACGAACCUGCCAC